AGCCACCAGUUGCAAGCUUCGCGGCUGUGAAAACGGUUGGACGGAGAGAGUCUGUUCGAGAUCAAUCAAGUAGAGAGAUCCUCGAAGAAAACUAUUGCUUUUGAAAAUAAAACACGUAAAUAAAUGAACUUUAUAAUUAAAUUAAAAAAAAACAUUUGAUUUAUCUCGUGUCGAAGAGUUAAUUUGCGAUCGAUUGAUCGAUUUAUCGUAAAGUUCAACCUUGCGAUUCGCGAGAAAAUUUUAAUCAUCGAUGCGAGCUAUAUGGUUGUGAUUUCUUUUUUUCCACGCUCUCUUCUCUAAUUUUUCUAACAAUUAAAUUAAUAAACAAGAAGCAGAUUAUAUAGAACUAAAAUAAAAUCGCAAACGAUUGUUUACUAUGUCUUUGAUGUCUUUGAUCUACACACCUGACGUUGAUGAAAGUUCGUAAAUUUAAAAUUUAAUUGGAUCCCUGGCCGAGUAAAUAUUUACACGCUUGUAUUGAUUUUUGCCGGCGAUCUAUUACGGAUCCGAUGUGCGCAAAAACGAAUUAGCGCGAAAUCGAGUUGCGCUUUUGGAUGUGAUAAAUUUGACGGAGAUCCAGAGUUUGCGGAAACACAUGUCGUAACGGAUAAGCAUGUCGCGAAGAAAGUGAAGUGCAUAAAAGAAGCAACUUCUCGCACCCGCCAAUGAUACUCGACUCGUAGGAGGAAGCCAAUUUGGAUCGAGGCCAAGUCUAAGAAAAUCUCGCCUGCAAAUAUGGAGGAAGAAGAGAAUCUCGGUGAUGCUAUGGACGACGAUGCUGGCAUUAAGGCACUUCAGGAACUUCGCGACAAAUACGAAGGGAAACUGACGGCGUCUCUUUACACUGGAACACUUUGCGUCGCCGCAAUUGCUUCACUAGUCGCUCUAGGUGCACUAUGCUUCACUAAUUAUCCCAAGCUGCUCCACGUCAAUCUUGUAUCUGUAUCAACAUUGACGACCAUGCUCAUCGUAUCCUUGACACUUUUAGUGAUCACGCAAUUAUCUUCCACUAUGACCUCCAAACGGUCCAGGAUUGUAAUAGGCUUAACAUCCUCCAUCACACUCGGCCUAGGAAUUCUAAUAUUAGAAGGUGUCCUGCCCUUGUUUGCCUGCAUUCUGUCAAUAAUCGCGAUUCUGCCUAAAAUGAGGUGGAAAAUACCGUUUAUCAUCGGCUGUAUCCUGGCUAUCGCGCAUGUUUCGAGAAGAUUUAGAUUUGAAGAUCUGUCCAACUAUUAUAAUGUAAUUCAGAUUGUUGUGGAGAUCGCGUUUCUUCUAGCUGCUAUCCUCGCAGGUAUGUACUAUAGGAUUUUGACGGCGACAGCGCAUCGAAAAACUUUCUCGGGCACGAAGACGGUAAUCGAAUCGCGAAUCAAGUUAGAAUGCGAGAGAGAGCAACAGGAACAAUUAUUGCUGAGCGUUAUUCCCGCCUACAUCGCGGCAGAGGUAAAAAGAAGUAUAAUGCUGAAAAUGGCGGAUGCUUGUCAGGAAGUUAAUAAGCAGCAUAAGCAAACCACGUUCCAAGAGAUGUAUGUACAGCGACAUAAUAACGUUAGUAUUCUCUAUGCGGAUAUCGUCAACUUUACACCUUUAUCGGAGCAGCUCUCAGCUUCCGAUCUUGUAAAGACUCUCAACGAACUCUUUGGAAGGUUUGAUCAAAUAGCACAGGACAAUCAAUGCAUGAGAAUCAAGAUUUUGGGCGAUUGUUACUAUUGUGUCUCCGGACUUCCUAUAUCCCGUCCGAAUCAUGCUUAUAAUUGCGUGAACAUGGGGCUACAAAUGAUUGAUGCUAUCAGGUUUGUACGCGAAGCCACCGGCUUCAAUGUCGACAUGAGGAUAGGGAUUCACACGGGGAACGUACUAUGCGGAGUUCUCGGACUGCGGAAAUGGCAAUUCGACGUAUGGAGCGACGAUGUGACUUUAGCAAAUCACAUGGAGAGCGGCGGUCUACCUGGGAGGGUUCAUAUAACGAAAGCUACUCUGUUACAACUGGGCGAUCGAUUUGAGGUCGAGCCAGGCAAUGGAGAAUCUCGAGAAAGUUAUCUCGCUCAACACAAAAUAGAAACUUUUUUUAUCGUACCAUCUAAGAAAAAUCGAGAGGAAAAUGGAAUCGAUAGCGGAAGUCGCAUAUAUGGACCUGGACCAAUACCUUCCAGAUCGAGGCCUAGUAGCAAAAUGACAAAAUAUGUGGAAUGUUGGGGUGCGGACAAGCCUUUCGCUAAUAUAGCGGAAGCAACAUUAGCGAAAAAUAUUGGUCUAACAAGUAUCGCAAUGAUCGAAUCGAAUCUAUUAGUGAACAAUGCCAGCUGCUUUGACAUGCAACAAUGGUGCGGUGGAAGCGAGGAAAUUUCGCCUUUUACUUAUUGGUUUAAAGACAAAGAUCAGGAGCAGCUUUAUCGAGAGCAGAGAGAUGAACAAUACCCUUGGUAUGUCGUGGCUUCCAACGUGAUUUACAUGAUCAUGUUCUGCAUCCAGAUUAUUUAUCUACCAAGAAGCAUUGCGGUUUAUGGUUGCUUUGCAGCUGGUUUAGCAUCCCUAAUUAUAUUUGCCGCAAUUUCGUGGUUUAACGGAAAAAUCGACACUAGCAAUGGCGAAGAAACAGAUCGAAUUGUACUUAGCCGUAGUAUCAGAAUAACGGUGUACUUAAUAACGGCUCUAUUGGCUGUCGCAUCAUCAGUCAUUAGUCUGAUCGAUGUCGAUCAGACUGCUAGACACAUCGUGCCACUGUACAUGUAUUCCUCGACAAUAGCAUUGAUGAUUGGUUGGACCCACUUGAGAGUUGGUUUCUUGUUAAAGCUGAAUGUAAUGCUUCUAUCCAUUGUUGUAAUACUCGUAAUCUUCUCUCAAGCACCAGUCAUUCAGCUGUAUUACGAGAAUCUUGAUACCAAGUUUUACGGCGUUCAUUAUCUAAUGCAAGUAGGAUUUCUACUGGCACUCAUCAGUCUCAUACUUCACAUUCUCGAUCGGCAAGUGGAAUAUACAUCCAGAACGGAUAUCCUGUGGAAAAGUAAGCUGAGAGUCGAACAAGAUGAGGUGGAGACCAUGAGAGGCAUUAAUAAAAUUCUCUUGGAGAACAUACUACCGGCUCACGUAGCCGAUCAUUUUUUAGCUACAAGGGCUACUCAAGAGCUCUAUCAUGAGAGAUACAGCAGUAUUGCUGUAAUGUUUGCAUCAAUUCCAAAUUAUAAGGAAUUUUAUGACGAGACCGAUAUAAACAAGCAAGGCCUUGAAUGUCUGCGUUUACUCAAUGAGAUCAUCUGCGAUUUCGACAAACUUUUACUCAAGCCCAAAUUCUCAGGGAUCGAGAAGAUCAAAACAAUAGGUAGUACUUACAUGCUAGCGUCUGGUCUAAGUCCGGGAAAGGAGGGCAAUGAUAACAAGGAUUUAUUAAAGCAACAAGAUCACAACGUAAUUGUACUCGUUGAGUUUGCCAUUGCGCUUAUGACGAUCUUGGAUCAAAUCAAUAGAGAUUCUUUCCAGAGAUUCAAAUUGAGAAUGGGCUUAAAUCAUGGCCCGGUGAUAGCAGGCGUCGUGGGUGCUCAGAAGCCGCAGUAUGAUAUUUGGGGAAAUACGGUAAACGUGGCUUCGAGAAUGGACAGUUGCGGUGAGAUGGGCAAGCUUCAAGUCACCGAAGACACUGCCAAGAUUCUCAUUGAUGCCGGGUACGAACUCAUUUGCCGAGGACCGACGUACGUGAAAGGCAAAGGAACUCUCAUUACGUACUUCGUGAAAACGCCCUUCGAUGACAAGGAGAAGAACUAUUAAAGUGGAUCAUAUAAAAUAAAUCGUUGAAACGUUCAAAUCAAAUUUAAUUGUUGCGAGAAGAAUCAAGAUUUUUUCUAUGGCACUUUGAUCUCCAUGAAUAAAUAUCAAAGUUGCAGAAUGUAGAGUUCUGCUUACACGCUCAUUUGAGCGUAUAUAAUAUAUGAAAAAGAUAUAAAAAACAAACAAUUUACAAAUUUUAACAAUCUGCCUCUCUAAAAAAGGUAUGUUAACUGAGUGAAUUCAGUUUGUAUCGAAAUAUUGAGGCCUCUUUUUCGCGAUGCUGAUUAGUUCUAUCAUUGCGCUUAUGCUUACUUCGUGAAUGGCUGUCAUUGUAUAUUUUGACAGUUAUGUGUAUCAAGAGGUUAAUAGUGUCCACUUUUAAAAAAGACUCGCUGUUAAAUCGAUACUCGCAAGUAUUCUUGCUUCUUUUUCUCAAUGUUGAUUGGCUAUUACGCUGUACAUUAUUUCAUAUUAAUAAAAAUCUGUCAUGGCUGCGUAUUUGACAAUUCAAAUAUUAUAUAUAAUUUUAAUUUAAUUGAUUUUGAAAAAACAGAUAAUACAUAUUAAUUAUACAUAUUAUUAUAUUACAUAUAACUAAUUUUAUAAUAGUUAUAUAUAUAUUUUAUAAUGGAUGAGUGCCCUACUGCAGACACUCGCGUGUCUUCUCGCGUGCUCUACUCGCGUGCCCUACUCGCAUGCCCUACUCGCGUGCCCUACUCGCGUGCCCUACUCGCGUGCCCUAAUAGAGUGCCCUAAUAUAAUGCACCGUAGACUUCCGUUGGACCAGUUGGACUUACCUAUCGUUGAUCCUGGCCAUAUUAAUUCUGGCUACGUCUAGCCAGAGAUGUAGCUUCGACCCUCUAUCAGAGAUCAAUGAAGGAAAAAAAUUCCUUCUGCCGGCUAAUUAUUGUCGCCGGGCAUAAUUUUACACGCGCAUAAUUUUAUGCUCAUUUAUGACAUGACAGUUUGUCAUACAUCGUUUCAACAAAUUGCAAAAUUUGAUAUAUGAAUAAUUUGACUCAAAGUCAAAUUAUCAAUCAAUUUUAAUAAUUGAUUGUGAAGUAAUA